AUGGCGACAGCUUUCAUCGAUGAGGUCACCAAGCUUUGGCGCGUGCGCAAGACAGUCUUCCAAAUGCUCAAUGACCGGGGCUACUACGUCUCCGAGAGGAGCUUGGAAGAGAAGAAGGAGGACUUUGAGAAGAUGUGGAAGGAGGCGCAGGAGCAGGGCCAUGGCCGUGAGAGGUUUCUGAUCCUGGUGCACCACACCAACUUCUCUGAGCGCCAGCUCAUCGUCUUCUUUCCGGACGAGAACAAGCGCGUGGGGGUGAAGCCGAUCAGGAUCCUCGCCGAGAAGAUGGACGAGCGGAAGAUCCGGGAAGCCAUCCUGGUGGUGAAGCAGCCGCUCACCCCGCUGGCGCGCACGGCCAUCCAGGAGGCCAGCGCGAAGAUGAGGAUCGAAGUCUUUGCGGAGAACGAGUUGAUCGUCAACAUCACACACCAUGAGCUGGUUCCGAAGCACGUGCCGCUGUCCGAGGAGGAGAAGCAGCAGCUGUUGAAUAGGUACAAGAUGAAGCCGUCGCAGCUUCCGAGGAUACAGGUCACUGAUCCGGUCGCGAGGUAUUUCGGCAUGCAGCGGGAUCAGGUCAUGAAGAUCAUUAGGCCCUCGGAGACCGCGGGGCGGUAUGUGACCUACAGGCUGGUGGUCUGA